AUGGACCACAGUUUGAAGAUGCUUCAUGACGUGAUAGCGAGGUCACUACAACAACCUCAAGUGCAACCUCAACCCCUCGUGCCACCACAACCUUCAGUUAGUACACCGAUGUUACCAUUGAUAACUGCCAUGAAGAAUAUGAAGACACCACAUUUUGAAGGAGGUACAGAUCCAUUUCAAGCCGACCAGUGGUUUCGAACUAUGGAGAAAAACUUCGAGACCCUGAUGUGUUCUGAAGAGUCUAAGAAGAAGAUGGAAGUGUGUUACUUAGACAAAGACGCGGCAGAAUGGUGGGAGAGUAGGGAUCGCCAAGUGAGACAUCUGGUUACCACUUGGGCGGCAUUCAAAAAUGAAUUUGAACGCAAGUACUUCACUCCUGAAUCCAAGAUAAGGCUUCAAUGCCAGUUUGCAAACUUGGUACAAGGAGCUAAGACGGUUCGAGAAUAUGAAUCUGAAUUUAUGCGACCGCGACGACACGUGCUGCGAGGACAAGAUGAUGAUGAGACCAUGAUAUCUAACUUCAUGUAUGGUCUAAAACCAGUGUUAGAAAAUAGACUAGCAGUCGGGAACUACGUGAGUCUCACCGAGCUAGUGGAAAAGGUUGUGAAUGUGGAGAUCAGAUUGGAAGCUGAGAAGGCGGCAAGAAAAUGCUUUAACUGUGACAAGAUAGGCCAUAAGUCAAGUGAAUGCUUCGGGAAGAAACCUGGAUCCUUUCAGUCAAACUCCUACAAUCCUACAUGUUUCACAUGUGGAAAGAAAGGGAAAAUCUCUACCCAGUGCAGCGUCAACCGUCCUAUCCCAGCUACGCCAAUCACUGUCCAUCCUCCUCCAGCUCCACCUGCAAUCGCACCAGCACCAAAAAGGCAAGCUAUAGGAGGUAGAGUUUACGCUUUAGAACUAGAUGAUCCUAAACCUCCAGGCCUAUCUACGGGUCCCAUCACAGGAACUUUACAUGUUGCGGGGCGUCCCACACAUGAAGGCAAAGUAAUUUCUUAUGCAUCAAGGCAACUCAGGAAGCAUGAAGAGAACUACCCAACACACGACUUUGAAAUGGCGGCAGUGGUGUUUGCGUUAAGGAUUUGGAGAUCCUACUUAUAUGGAGAAGUCGUGGAAGUAUUCACAGAUCAUAAGAGUCUCAAGUAUUUGUUCACGCAGCCUGAUUUGAACCUCCGACAAAGGCGAUGGAUGGAGUUUAUGGCGGAUUACGACCUGAAGAUUCAAUAUCAUCCAGGCAAGGCUAAUGUAGUCGCAGAUGCACUAAGUCGUAGGAGAUGUUGGAAAGGAAGUGGAAGCGUUAUCGAAUGA